AGCCGACCCAUUUUUGGUUCAGAACCUGGGUUGCGCUUGCUGGCUAAAUGUAGCCACCAAUUAGCAAAUGCUAUCCUAUUUAAGUAAAAGGCUUAGAGGCAGCCCUUGUCUCAGGAGUGCAAGGGGUACUGUUUUGGAUUACUAAAUGUUACAUAUGAAUAAUACCAGGUAUGGGUUUUUUUUCCUCUAUAGGCUGUUCUGAUGUUUUAAAGUCUAUGUUGCAAUAUGUGACAAUACAUAUGUAACCUCUGGUGGGUAGUUCUGACUCAGUGUUAAAGUGGGACCAAUUUUUAAACCAGUUUUUUUUACUAAAUUGAUUUUUCCUGCAGGUGAUGGAUAAGGUUGGUGUUUUAGAUAGCUGGAAGUUUGUGGAUGUACUAAGUUUGGAGGAAGGAUUACUUUCAUCUGUUCCCACCCCUGUCUGUGCAGUGCUGCUGCUUUUUCCUCUCACUAAACAGCAUGAGAACUUCAGAGAAAAACAAAUAUCAGAGCUUAAGGAUAAAGAAGUGAAUUCUAAAGUGUAUUUUUUGAAGCAGACUAUUGGUAACUCAUGUGGUACAGUUGGCAUCAUUCAUGCUGUUGCUAAUAACAAAGAUAAACUGAGUUUUGCGGAAAAAUCUGUUUUAAAAGACUUCUUAGAAGAAUCUUCUGGCCUUAAACCUGAUGAAAGGGCAUCACUUCUUGAAAAAAAUAAGGCUAUACAGUCCGCUCAUAACUCUGUGGCAGCCGAAGGACAAUGUAGGGUAAACGAUGAGCUGAACUUCCACUUCAUAUUAUUUACUGCAGUAGAUGGCUCUCUCUAUGAGCUUGAUGGUAAGCUUCCAUUUCCUAUUAGCCAUGGCACUACAUCUGAAGACUCUUUAUUGAAGGAUGCUGCAACAAUCUGCCGACAGUUUACAGAACGUGAGAAGGGAGAAGUCCGUUUCUCUGCUGUAGCUCUUAGCAAAUCUGGAUAAGUUUUUCAUGAUCAGUGUCAUAUAGUUGAAAUUCUACUUAAGUACAGCUUUAAAUUAUUUAGUAAAUAUUUAGUUUCAUUGUACAUUGCUUGUACAAGAUGUGUGCAGUCAUCUGGAUGUCUGUUUUUUUUGAAGCAAUUUGAUCGAAUGCUUUUCACUAAUGCUUUGCUGCUGACAACUUUGAAGCACUUGUUCUGAGAAUAAAGUUGGCCUUUUAGGCACAGUUUUGUGA